UGUCCUGCUGUGAUUAAACAAGACCCUGCUGAAUUUUAACUGAGCUUGGCAAAGCAAGGAUAUGAACAAUUGUGCAGGUGGGCUACUCAGGGCGAGUGAAGAGACAAGGCAUCCAAUCAGGGACUGGCAACCUGCAGCCCUGCCAAUAUGCCCCUCCACCAGAUUUCUGUAAUCCCAGCACGGGAGACUGCCAGCAAUGGGAGAAGUUCAAUGGGCAGAAACAAAGAGAAGAACAAGGAAGUUGAGAAUGAGAAAUCCCCAGGACGCUCUGCAAGUCGAUCGAGUAACAUUUCAAAAGCAAGCAGUCCAACAACAGGGACAGCUCCCAGGAGCCAGUCAAGGUUGUCUGUCUGUCCAUCCACUCAAGAUAUCUGCAGGAUCUGUCACUGCGAAGGGGAUGAAGAGAGCCCCCUCAUCACACCUUGUCGCUGCACAGGGACGCUGCGCUUUGUCCACCAGUCCUGCCUCCACCAGUGGAUCAAGAGUUCAGACACACGCUGCUGCGAGCUCUGCAAGUAUGACUUCAUAAUGGAGACCAAGCUCAAACCCCUCCGGAAGUGGGAAAAACUACAGAUGACCACGAGCGAAAGGAGGAAAAUAUUCUGCUCUGUCACAUUCCACGUCAUCGCCAUCACCUGCGUGGUUUGGUCUUUGUAUGUUUUGAUAGAUCGGACCGCGGAGGAAAUCAAACAAGGCAAUGACAAUGGUGUCCUUGAAUGGCCGUUUUGGACAAAACUGGUUGUGGUGGCCAUUGGCUUCACCGGAGGUCUUGUCUUCAUGUAUGUACAAUGUAAAGUCUACGUGCAGUUGUGGCGCAGGCUAAAGGCCUACAACCGUGUGAUCUUUGUACAAAAUUGUCCAGACACUGCCAAAAAACUGGAGAAGAACUUCUCAUGUAAUGUAAACACGGACAUCAAAGAUGCUGUUGUAGUGCCUGUAUCACAAACGGGUACAAAUUCACUGCUAUCUGCAGAGGGAAGCCCCCCUGAAGUUAUACCAGUCUGAUGGAACUGGCUGGGAGUUUCUACACUGAAGAAUGUUUCUAGCCCUCAGCCACUACAAAUGACAGAGGUGAUCCUGAAUUUUUCACUCCCUUUAUCUCUUCUUUCUCCUACUGACUCAUUUUUCCUUACUUUGCUCAAAAAGGAAAGGAGAAGGAACACCAAGUGUCCAGGAUCCCAUGACACAGUCUGAAGUAUGAUAUGGAAAUGUGAAGUGUUUGCUGGACAAUAACUUCUAGGACAAUUAAGAACCAUUGGGGCAAGAAAUCUUUUAGGCAAUGACUAAAUAGUAAGUGGACAUAUGAUGUUCUUCACAGUAGCAGGGAAAAAUUGAAGAAUACAGACUUGAGUUGCAAUGUGUGUUUCUUCUAGGGCCUUGUAUGUUAACUAUCUUAUCUGCAAAAUAACAACCAUAUUUGAUUUAAAGCUUAAAAUCUUCUGCAUUAUCCCUAAGUCACAUCAGAAGCAAACUUGGAGAACACAUAUUUUGGUAUUCAUACUUUGACAGCUAACAGAUUUUUAUGGCUAUAGUGGGGUUUAGAUGUUUUGACAGGUGCACAUUUUUAAAAUAGUUGCAAUACACAUAUGAAGAUAGUAAUACUUGGAAUUAUGUCCAAAUUAUGAACAAAACAUUUUCAGAGAAUUUGGGGGGUUAAUUAGCUCUGUUUAACACCCACCAAAGUUGAAAGCAACUAUCAGGGCCUACAUUUUAUGUGGGACCUCUAUAACAGUACUGUCCGGUAGAAAUAUAAUAUGAGCAACAAAGGGGACCCACAUAUGUAAUUUUAAGUUUUCUGGUAGUCCUAUUAGAAAAAGUAAAAAUAAAUAGGUGAAACUAAUUUUGAUAUUUGAUUUAACCCUAUAAAUCCAAAUUAUCUUUGCCAUCAAGAUAAAAACUACUGAGAUAUUUUACAUCUUUUUUAUUCGAACCAAGUCUUCAAAAUCCAGUGUGUAUUUUAUCAAUACAGUAUAUCUCAAUUUAAACUAACAUAUUAGACAGUACAGCCUGAAAAUUAGAGACUAAGCCUCUGCUUCAUUUAACAGCUGAAUGUUUCAGAAAAGCAGCUUAAUUCAUUUUUUUAUUCAAAGUCUCACAAAUGUUAUGAUUUUAAAAAGCACUAAUGAAAUUAACUAUCCUGCAUGAAGGUUUAGAUGAAGUCACCAUUCCUCUGGAGUGUGAAAAAACAAUAGCAGGAAGUAUAGAAAGACAAAACUGUAUGCCUGCGGCAAAGGUCUGAUUAACUUUUUUGCUACUAUUAAGCACUUCCAAUAGAGAAAAAAGUUGAAUAUUUUUGUUAUAAAGUCAAGUGUCUAAGGUCAUGAGGUAUUUUUUACCCACCUGAAAUAUCAGCUUAAUGGUUAUGAUCAAGUAUUCAGACCUUCCCCAUUGAAAGCUGACACAAUUUCCCUUUCUCAGUUGGGAAGCAAAAACAUUUCACCUACUCUGUAAUAAGUGAUAAAUUGAGUUGUUUGGGUUUUUCAGUUGAUUACUGUGUUUUGUGCAUAUUCAUGUAAAACUGAAGUGAGAAUGAUAUUGCUGCGAGCUAGAUUAAUGAUUAUAGGUAUAGUGGCCUGUCAAAGAAAGAUGCCAUACACAAAUAAGAUACAUGAUUUAUUUUUGUUAGCUCUCAUAUUUAUUGCUGUGAGCAGGCAACCAUGAUGGCCAUGAGAACCAAAGCAUGGGUUUUGCAUUGUACAAGUCCAAGUAUCACAAUGAUGCACUUUGUAAUUAACAGUGUGCUUGUUCUUCACAGAUUAUCACAGGAAAAAGGAAAAAAAAAAAUAACUUUUUAGUGAGGAGAAAGACAGUGUUAAUAUUGGUAGUGGCUGACACUGAGUCCAAAUAGUCCCAAUUUCUAGAAAUAAAGAAAAGGUAAACAAUGUUGAAUUUGUGUGUGUGUGGCGUGCUUGUGUACUCAUGUAUAUACACAAGAAAAAUCUUAACAUUUUCAGUCAGUCAGGAAACAAAAGGUUUAAAACAUCUUUCUUGAAACUUGUAGGGUUAUGGAAUAAAGGCAGAGGCAGAACAAAAUAAAUGCAACUAAACUGGACCAAACAUUCUGCACAAAUAAAGACACAAUAUGUGGUGUUUUAAAAAAUAUGUGAACCUUUAGAAAACUAAAUUUUGUAUUAACUUCCUCUUAAGUUUCUGUGUCUAAAGUUUAAGGUAAAUAACAUUCAUGAAAAACAAAAGCUUGUUACUAAUCUAUUUUUCCUGUGGUUUAGCAAUGCCAACAUGCUGUUUAAAAAUAUUAUUGGAAAACAAAAAUCUAGUCACCAGCAAAGAAAGUUGAUUUCUCUUUUUUUUGAUCUUGAGGGAAAAGGAUUAUUUACCUAAUUACCACCAGAAAUACUCUUUCAAUUGUGUACAGAUCUAAGCAAGAUAGCUAAGUGCAUAGCCCAUUUCACCAUGGGGAAAGAUUGGCUAAAAUAAGGCCUCAUUUACUAAGAGCUACACUUAACACUAAGAAAACGUCUCUAUAUAGAUAGGCAAGGAUAGCAUUACUAUAUUAAUGAAAAAGACAACAUGGUGUUUUAAAACUGUACCUAAAUUCUGAAAAUGAACUUUUAUGAGUUUUGACUUUACUGAAAUCACAAAAUUAUUAACACAAGCUCCCUAACAAAUUAAAAGUCAACAAUUUGUUUCUGCUAUUCUUACCUUUUAAAAACCCUGCUCGACUCCUGAAUUUAAAUCUUUUUUUUUUUUUUUAAAUAGCUUGCCACGGCUUUUUAUGGUUCAAACAAUCUGAAAGAACUGCAUGCAUUUAAAACCUAAUGCUGAUUAUUUUCUUUUUACAUUUUGUGAGGCAAUGGUAUGUUUGCCCUUUCAAACAAUGAAAGGAUUUGGCUUUGUGGCAAUGCUUUUAUGGAUUGGAUAUACCUCUCAAAAAGAAAAAUGCUCUCAAGAAUAACAAUUUUCGGGGGCUUGUUUACCUGCUCUUGUAAGAAAUAAAACGGAACUGAAACAAAGAACUGGAAUUCAAGAAUGAACUUACAGUUCUGUUAAAAACCUUGACUUUUUACAAUCAUGAUCUGUGAUAUUACCAAUACCAUAUACCACAGACAUUUAGGCUUCUAAUUUUUUAACUAAAGAACUGUCACUUUUAUUGUAUAGAAUUGUUUGUCCAAGUUAAAUUGGUAAGAAACGAAAUUCCAGUAUUUUUUAAACAGUUAAGUCCAAAAGACAAUUAAGCUUAAGUACAAAACAAGCAAAACAAAAAUGAAAACAAAACAAAAAUGAUACCAUCAACCUGACAGCUCUGGAGAAGCUGAAGAAAGUUAGUAUUAAAGGAGUCUUCCAAAAUGUCCCACAAUUAAAUCUCACUCUGAGCUUGAACCACAUGUUAUAUGUGAUAGUCCCAGGGAGAUGGCCUCAGUUAUAUUUUACUCUGUUUUGCAAAAGGUCCUUAAAUACCCCUAAAACACCCAUUCUUCGGCUGGAAAAUUAGCUCAUUGGAGCAAUGGCAUCAUUAUGAGAAGUUACAAUUGUCAUAGGGGCAGGGUGGGGAAGAUUAUUCCAUCCACAAAGACAAAAAUUUACUUUCCCUUUCCAGAUUAUGUUUUGGAACAAAGUGCAGCUCUUAAAAUUUAACAUUAUUAUUAUUAUUAUUGUUAUUGUAGUUGUUAUAUAAUAAUUGUGUGAAGCUUAUACUUUGAUUAAGAAAGAUGAAAACCUUUUUUCCUUUCUUAAGUCAGCCCAAUGGUGCUAUUUUACAUAACAAUAUAGCUGAAAGGAAGUACUGUUAUUUCGGGCUGCAGUGUUUCCUCCACAACUGAAGAAGCCCACUUUGAAAAUGAAUAUUACAUUAAAACAAACAAGAAAAAUUAUUUUGUUUGUGCAAUUUUUGAGAUUGGGCAUUUGUAAUUGUUCUGGUUUUACCUGAUUCUCUUGCAUUAACAAUGUUUUGUGAAUAAUGUGUACUAAGACAAAUUAAGGAAAAGAAAAUAAUUAUCUGUGAAAGACUUUGUAUAUUAAAAAAAUGACCUAAACCUUUGUUGUGGUUUCUAUACUUUUUGCCUAAAGUAAUGGGAUUUCUGCAGAUCUGUAUUUGUAGCACUCAAACAGAACUGAGUAUUGUUGAAUCACUUGAUUUAAGUUUUUACGAUGCUUAAAAAUGAUCUGCAUUUUUAAGCAGGGUCUGAACAUAUCUGUAACUAUUUUAAGGCAAAUGAUAUGCUGACUAACCCUUGAUAUUGUGGAAAGGAAUAAAUAAAUGGAUUAACAAAAGGAAAUUAAUGGACAUAAUCUAUACAGACUUUCAAAACCUGUUUUCAAAAGUUAAGAAAAAUCACAAUGGGAUCUGGAGGAAGGAUUUUCUCAUGAAUAAGGCUUGGA